ACAUUGCGUUACACCAGUACGUUAAGCAUGACAACAGCAUCAACAUUGGACUGUGUCGUACUGAUUUUUAUUGGACUGGAUAUACUCAUGUCAAUGUACACAUGGAGCUGACAUGGAAUGAUUCCCCUGAUACCAGCAGUGUUCUCUUCACUCGUGAUGUUUAUGACAAAUUCUCUCUUGCACCCAAUAUUAAAGAACUAUGGGGAUUACUUCACCACAGUCCCCAGGUCAAAGCAGAAUCACAGGAAACGGUGGGAAAAAAUCGAGAGCACUUGCCUCCUGAUCCACCAAAGCCUGGUGUCGGUGAAGAUACUCCAGGGGUUGACAGUGACCAUGAUUCAGAUGAAAACCCUACUGAGAUACAAGUCAAAGAAACCGCUCCCAAGGAAGCGUCAGGAGGAGGCUUGGGUGUGAAGGCUGUUGUCUCAAAGCUGACGUUCCCUGAGCCUAGGCUGCCCUAUCCUUGUUUCAGCGCCAUUAGCAAACAGGAGCAUAACAAAUAUAUGCACUGUUUACUGAACAGAUCUCAAAUUCCCCCACAGUAUGUAGUGCAGCGAAUUAGGCAGGAGGUGACUGAGUUCAUGAAAUACCUGCAGGAUGUCUCCAGAACCUGUGCGGAGGAUUACAACUACAUUUCCCAGGGUGCAGCUCAAUAUUGUGAGGAGUAUCUGAAAGCCUUUUCUGACCACAUAAGGACCUAUCCCCAGCUUUAUCUCCUUCAAGAAACUACCAGCCUUCUGGGGACUGUAUAUAUGCCAAAUCUGUCAUUAAAUUUGGAGAAACAACUUCUUGCAGUGGGAGACAUUGAUGUUGGGGCCCCGAGGAUAUUGACUAAAGAUACUCAGCUCUCGGUUGAUUAUGACUGUGUGAACUCAGCAAACCCUCCAUCUAAGAGAGCAAGUGAGGCACACAAGGUCAUCAGCAGCGAUGAUGCAGCAGAGAGGCUGAGCAGUAAGUACGAGCCCGACGUGUGUCUCACCAAAGAGGCCCUGCUGCAGAUCCUGGACCAGGGCUCGGAGUUCAGUGAGGACUGGGAGCUGCCGGUGUGGGUCAAGGUGAACUCUCUGACAGGCAAAAAGACAGUGUAUAUAGACCCUCCUCUGCUGAAGAAGGAGUUAACUAUGAGAGAGAAGAAUCAUCUCUUUCAUGAGGAGAGCAUGAAACUGGCAUUUAACAAGAAGGACCCCAAACCCGUGUUCUUCCUCAUGACAGGCCAACGCAGCCCAGAAAAGCAGCCUCAACCCAAGGAGGGCCAGCUGAGGAGGCCCGUGGCAACAGGGAGCCCAGGCCUGGAUUUUGAAGUGGAUUUCACCGAGCUGGAGUCUUUCGGAGAGUCUCUUCCGAUCAAGAAAAAGACCAGCCAGGGCGCUGCACAGAAAGCGGAGCUCCUCGGGAAACCCAGUGUGGCCAAAAUGGCUCCCGAAGUCCCAGAGCCUCCAAACGCACCUCAGGCACUCAACACCAACACAGUGAGUUCAAAGGGAGAGGGCCCAGCUAAAGAAGAUGCACUUGAAUCUGGCUCUAACAGCCACGAGGAGGACGGGGACUCGUCGUGGACAGACAUCGAGGACGACUCCGCGGAGGAGGACGGGGACGCCAGCACAGAGCAGGGACCGGUCCAUGCGAGCGUAACAGGACAGGAAAAGGAAAGCGAGGAGUUCGCCACCCCAGCCAAACGAACCCGCACCGCCUCAGAGGCCUCCGCAGACUCAGACGAAUCCAUACUCUACAUCGCCGAUAUGUCUUCCCCUCAACCACACAGUGCAGCAGACAAGAAACUCACCCACCCUCCGCCCAAUAAAGUCACCCAACCUGCCCACACGGCCCCCCAGCCAAGCACCCCCCUCUCACUCCAAGCCCGGGCAGGGAACAGGAGAGCGGGCAAGAUGCCCCGGCUGGAGGGGGGGUGUGACCAGCUUGGGCAGAUCCUCCGCAUGCAGAGCGCCAUGCUCAAACACAGCCCGAGCUCCAGGACCCAGGAAACGCCCAGGCCUGCGGAGUCCAGGCCAGCUGCAGGCCUAACAGAGCCCUCCUGCCACAGCCUGGUGAAGUCCUCCGUCACCUCCUUCCUGGAGGGCAAGGAAAGAGAGGAUGGUGUUACCAACACUGGCCCUACACUCACUCUGCAUCUCAACACCCAGCAGAAAUGUCUGCUUCGUGAGGAUCUACAGAGUACUGUAGAGGAUGAGGUGGACUUUGAGGCUCCACAGGAGGGGAACCUGCUCUAUAAGCUGUACAGCCUCCACGACCUGCUGCUGUUGGUCCGAUCCUCCAUCUCGCUGUCCCACGCCAGGACCAGCCCCUCGGGCUCCUUCUGUGUUGUGCCCAUAUGUGUUUUGCCCAAGCUGGAGUAUCAGCUGAGUUACGGGGCGGAGUGUGUGACCAGCAGCGAGGCCUGCCGACUGUGGGCCGACACUCUCCUCAACCCCAGCACUGUGUCAUACAUAGCCCGUAUCAAUGCCCACACAUCGAAACUGGUGGAGCUGCAGGAUUUGCCGCCUGAUUGGAUGCAGAGUAUUUCCUGUGACUUCCACCCCGCCCGAUCCCUCAACAUCCUCCACCAUGUCCUGAAAAAGGUCACUGGACUGCCAGAGGGGAGAUACCUGAUGAGCCACAAAUCCCGCAUGCCCUAUUUCACCAUACUGAAGGCCUGUGACAAGAUGGCUGCCGGACGCCACACCUACGACCUGCAGUCAUCCUACGGCCAGCCUCCCCCCGCCAGGACCCAUGACGCUGUCCCCUGGGUCCCCGUGGACCCCAACCACCUGCUGCCCUUCCACAAGCAGCACCGUAGGGUGCCGUGCACGUUCCCCCCGCAAAACCCCACGAAGCCACAGCAGGGGCCGGCUGACCACAGGCAACCCUCCCAAAAGCUAUCCAAGGCCCAGAAGAAAAAUAAGAACAAAAAGGCGAAAAAGCAGCUCAAGCAGCAGCAGCAGCAGAAGAAGAAGAUGUGAAUAAAGAUGGUCAACGGGAGGAUGUCCGAGUCACUGUCUACUCCACUAUCUCAUCCCUUGCACUUAAAAUAGGCACUUGUAAUAUACUGUAUAAACAGAUGCAUUGAGUACAAAAAAGUAUAUUUUUAAUUUAUAUAUUUGGAGAAAAAAAACAGGCUACAUGUAUUGUAUUUUGAUACAGAUGUCAGUAAUAAUAAAGUAUGUUUUCAUCUCACCACUAAGCUCAGUAAAAUUGGAUUUGAUUUGCUGUGUGAUUAGCAAUCUGGACCCAAAUGACUCCUCUUUUCUUCAAACUGAUGAGGGACCACAAACAAAAAAAGAUAGCCUGUGAAAUCCCCUCAGUGUGCAGACAUGCUACCACCAGUCUCUGCCUCAAAUCUGCGGGAUCAGAGAAGAUUCUAGCAUUGAUUGAUUACAUUAGGGUCCCUCCUGAGACAAUCAUGAAUCAUCCUGGAAUUUGAGUAAAUCAAAUCUGUUAGCUGUUUAAAAAAAGGGUGGACCAAAUACUUACAGAGCUACUAACUAUUCCCAUACUUCAUGAACAUUUCUAUGUUGAUGGGAGGAUUUUAGAGAAAAGACCCCAGAGUGACUAUAUGGACAUAUAAAACCUUAACCUCAGACUGAACUAAGUGCAGCUAAAACAAUGCAUCACCCAGAUAAAAAGUCAGUGUUCAAAUUCUACUUGUGUCUAGUGUCCAAGCAGGCAGCAGAUCUAACAUAAAAACGAGACUAUGACAUCAUUUUGAACCCAUCACAGUAAUAGCUUAACCACCCUUUGAUUUAGAAUUAAACCAAGAUAAGACCAGUUAAAGCUCCUCGGAGGACCUUAAAGUCCUUCAUGGAAAGUAAGGGGUCAGAAG